AUGUGUUUCGGUAGUUCAGUAUCAAAUUCGCCGUUGAAAUCUAGAAUCUUGGUGGUUCUGGUGAAUGCUGCAAACUGGGACAGUAACGGUCAAUUUGAAACGGUGCUUAGCGAAAUCUUGAAUGAAGACAUCCGGGAAAGUGAAAUACAUUGGUUCCGUAACAGUCCUCCAACUUGCCUGCCUAGAAAUCUUUCGCCAUCUGCUGCCUCCCUUUCGCGUAUAAUUUUGUAUUAUGGUUACGGAAGAAAUAUGGAUCACUUGAUCGCGUAUUGUGCCAACUUUUCUUCUUCAAAGCCAAACCGAGUUUUUGUUAUCGUGGAAUUAGAGCAGAGUGAUGUACCACAUGAGACAGCGUUGGCAGCAACUCUGGCACUUUUAACUGAUUUGAGCAAGCUGUUAUUGAAAGGCAGUGAUGUGAAUGAUUCGACUGGUGUUUUAGGGGGUUUUUUCGUUGUAGUGUUGAUAUCGACAAGUAAUGUUUUUAAUUUCGCUUUGAUUGCAUCUCUCUAUACUGACUGUAUUGUACGGCAACUUUUAGACGGUACUUUUGAGAGCUUGCCUAGCAACUGUUGA